AUGGAUGAUCAUGAGAAAGAGUACAGAUCAGCUUUGCCGUUCUUAGAUCUAACAUGGUCCACUGGAAGCUUGCAAAACAGCUUGGACAGGUUAGCUACUUGGGAAAGAGACUCUGAUGUUAAAGCCAGAGUAAAGAUUGCAGCAGCGUCCUUUAAGGUCAACACAGAGAACCGACAGAAACUGUUGUUCACUGUAGUGGUUCCUGCUGAUCCUGUAGAGGCUCAUGUGGGAUCCUCAGUGAUUCUGUCCUGCUGGAUCUCUCUUCCUGAGACCGCUGAAGCUCUGGAGAUCCGCUGGUACCGUCACGACUUCAACAAGCCUGUUCUGCUCUAUAAUCACGGGAAGAUCCAGGACGUCCAGGAGUGUUUCAGGAACCGAACCUCUCUGUCUCUGCGGUCAGAUCAGUCUGGUGGACUGAAGGAUGGAGACGUCUCUCUACGGCUGGAGAAACUCACAUUUCAGGAUGAAGGUCCGUUUCACUGUUAUGUGAGUGGAGACACAGUAUAUGACAGCAAAGUGGUAGAUCUCAAAAUCACUGGUGAGUCAAAAACUACAAUUCAUUAAUACCCAUAAAAAUGACUCUCCUUCAUGUUGCUCCAAACUCAUAUGAUUUUCUUUCUACCGGUGUUUAUCAGAAUUCUCAUUUCCAUAAUUGGGCUGUUGAGCUGCAAGAAAGUAAAAAGAAAAAAAAAGUGCAACACAUUGAUAUUAUCUUCGUCAUCCAAUAGCUUUGUGUGAAAAACAGACUGACAUUGAACUUAUUUUCAGAAAACUUGAUGCCAAGCCAGGUGUGAACAUACAUUAACUGAACGGGAGCACUAAUGCCAGCAUUGGCAAAUUAUUAUUAUUAUUAUAAUGCAAAUGGCAUUUCAUGCUGACUUUCAUUGAUUUUUAAGCUUAAUUAUUUAUUUUCGAUAUUUUGCUAUAUAUUUUAUGACUAAUAUAUUUUGCUCCAGAGUUGAGUAUAAAUUAAUCUGGAUUUUCUUUCUGAAAUCCACCAGAUUCAUCAGGUCCAUGGAUUUCAUGUUUUGAUAUUUUUAACUGUUUUGCAAAAAAACCAGCAGAUGAAAGUAAGUAACAUGAACUAAUUUAACACACAGUGACACAGUUGACACACAGUGUUACUGGGAGAAAAUGAAUUUUUCUUAUCUCUGCACUCUACAAAACAAACAAACAAACAUAAGAAUAGGGCACAAUGUACUGUAGUAAUAAGAAGGAUACUGUAUUCCAAAUGGAGCCCGAUCAACAGUCAUAAAUAUCAAACGUUUCCUAUUUACAAUUUGAGAUCUGGGAUGCUCCAACUUAUCACCAUGCAAUAUGAAAUACCUCUAGU